AUGGCCUUUCUAAAUAAAUUACGUUCAACUAAGAAAAGCAAAGGAAAGCUUCUCGAAGAAGUUCAGCCAACAACAUCUGAAGAAAAGCAACUCACCUCUACUGUUAUUCAACCUGAUUCUUCUGAUUCAAACAACAAAAUGUCGUCAACUCUAACGGAAGUUCAUGAGCUUACUCAGCCAAUUGAAUCAGCUGAACAGUCUGACAAAGAUAAGAACGGCAAUGUGGAUAGUUUACCCUCAUCUGCCGAGCUGCCGGACUGUUUCAAAGCUUUCAAAAACCUUCCAACUACUUUCAAGGAAUUUUUCAAUCAGUCAUCUGAUGACUAUAAAGAAAUAGCUAAAUGCUGUGGUCUGGCAAUCGUUUCCCUGAUUGGUCUCUUCAUUUCGGUUGUCCUACUACGUUUCGUUCGCCGCGUUGUAUUCCCAGAUGAUGCCGGCUGGUUCUGCACUUAUUUCGCUGGUCCUUUCUGUCCUCUUUUCGAUGCUUUAUGCGCUGAACAGGAAAGCUAUGUGAAUGAACUUUUUAAGCAAGUCAACAUCGUCUCAAAUGAUACUUACAAUACUUUCAAUGGUUUCUUCAAGUCUGUGUUCGAUGGUUUCCAUGCAUUGUACACAAUCUUUUGGGCAAUUUUUGGUGGAGCUAUCGAUACUAUUUUCAAAGGAUAUGCUGAACUUCAGGAGAAUAUGGGAGAGAAUAUAUCUCAUUUGAGUGCUGUUCAAAACCUUCUUCGAGACUGUCCACACUUCAAGCCUCUAGUCGAUACAACUGAUUUUUUGUAUAUAAAUGAUAAUCGACUAUUCAACUCAGUUCUUGUAAUUCUUGUUUUCACAACAUUCAUCAUCAUCUUCACCUUACUGGGACUCAUUGCGUAUUUUGGGUAUUUAUUCAAAGAGAAGUUUCGCUUGUGCUCUGAGACCAAAAGACGUUUGCAAUAUCGUCUGAUGCUUAAUUCAGCUCUUUCACUUAUGAUUCCCUCCUUCUCUCAUGGAAUCCCAGCUCUUUUAGGUCAAGCACUUAUGCUGUUCAAAAUCUCAAGUUUACAAAUAUGGACAUCUUCAUUGAUAUGGAUUAUCGGAUCAUUGCAUGGAAUUUUGAACUGCAUCACUUUCAUAACUCUGAAUGACUACUAUCGCUCGAAAUUCAAGAAAGAUGUGGAUACAGUAGUUGAAGCAAUGAGGAUAUUGUCGAAAUCGCAAGUAUACUCAACCAGCUAG